UUCUCUGACGUCAGAUACGACUUCCGCUGCGGAAGCCGUGGCAGCUGUAAACAAAGCAUCAGCUCCGCUCAAAGACAAAAUCAUAAUUAUAACCAUCAAUAAAAGCAAUGGAAACACCAGAGAGCGGGUCGCUGUAAGACAUGGAAGCUGGCGGAGACUAAACAGGAACCAGAACCAUGUCAAUGGAAGAUCCGUUCUUCGUCGUUAAGGGGGAGGUGGAGAAAGCAGUGAACGCAGCACAGAGCCUCCAUCACAGAUGGACCGAGCUGGUGCAGGAAGGAGGUGGAGCCUCCAAGGAGGAAAUGGACUGGACCACCAAUGAGCUCAGAAACAGCCUGCGCUCCAUCGAGUGGGACCUGGAGGACCUGGACGAGACUGUCAGCAUCGUGGAGUCGAAUCCCAGGAAGUUUAAUCUGGACGCCCCAGAGCUGUCAAAGAGGAAAGCCUUCAUCAGCAAAACUAGAGAGACACUGAAGUUGAUGAAGGAGCAGAUGUCCAGUCCAGCUGCUGCAUUAGUGGACAAGAAGAACAAACAGGUGCCGACGCUGCGGCCUGGUCCUGAUAAGUUUGUGCGUCUGGAUCAGCAGCUGCAGAACGCUAACUCUCAGUUCAUUGAGGAGCAGCAGUCACAGCAGCAGCUAAUUGCAGAGCAGCAGGAUGAGCAGCUGGAGCUGGUGUCGGGAACAAUCGGAGUUCUGAAGAACAUGUCAGAGCGUAUCGGAAUGGAGCUGGACGAGCAGGCUGUGAUGUUGGACGACUUUGGUCAUGAGAUGGACAAUACUCAAUCCAGACUGGACAACGUGAUGAAGAAACUGGCCAAGGUGUCUCACAUGACCAGCGAUCGUCGUCAGUGGUGUGCGAUCGGUGUUCUGCUCGCCAUCCUCUUUGUCAUCCUCCUCCUUUUCUUCAUCCUGUGAUUGGAUCAGAACCAAACCAUUUCAACUAAACGUGGUUCUGAUUGACAAGAAGAAUCUGGACUUCCUGGGGUCAUUUGGACUUCAGACUCUCCUGGACUUUCCUAGACCCUGGUCCACAUUCACACUGUGUUUAAACCUUAAACAUUAAACCUUCACUUGUACCAGGUCACAUCAUUUCAGUGGAGGCUGAUGAACUCAGCUGGUUUCACUUGAACCUAAAACCAGUAGAACCACUGACUACACAGUGGAACCAGUAGAACUGUUAAACUCCACUUCAAUCUCUCUCUCUCUCUCUCUCUCUCUCUCUCUCUCACUUUUACAGGUGAAUGGUCUGGACCUCAGUCUCGUUUUAACUUUUAUUUCUUCCUGGUUUUAACUUGAUUUUAUCCAGGCUUGUUCCUGGUGAAGUUCAGAUUAGUAUUUGUUCAACCAUGAUAACUUUGUUGACAUAGUUGUUUAAUCAUGAUAAUUCACACUCCAGUCUUAGUUAAUCCUGACCUUUUCUUGAACAGUUUAAUCUAAGUUUAUUUACAAUAAUCCUCCGAAUUAGUCUGCUCCAGAGUUCAGUUUUAUUUAAACUCAAGUUGAACACUAAGUCUGUGUUUGUUUUUCUCUGUAAACCCAUUUAGUGUUAGUUCUUUUUAAACUUGGUUUACGUUUAAGUUUUUACUUUCUGUAUUUAUGUGUUUCUUUACUGAUUGAUCACUGAUCAAAUUAUUUAUCAUCUUACUGCUGCUGAUUGAAGACAAAGCAGAACAAGGACGUUUGUUUGUUUGUUUGUGGUACGAGGUGAAGAAACAUUUCCUGUUCAAUAGAAACAAAGAAACUGAAACUGGUUCUGGUUCAGUUUUUAUUCAACUGAAACAACAAAGAAAAAUAUGUGUCACAACAUGAAGGUCAAGUGUUAUUGAUCACCGAUCAGUUUGUUCAGUAGUGUUAAACACUGACAGAUCACUGGUCAGUUUUCACCUGCAGCUAAGUUUUAUUUCCAGUAAAUAAAACCAGAAUUUAAAAA